GUUGCAGCUUAUGUCAGCGCCAGGACCAUGCCAGAAGCUAAGGCGGAUGACAUCGUCGGCCCGGUUACCCAUGAGCUGGUUGAAAAAAAUACCGUGCAUUUGAAGUGGCAAGAACCGAAGGAGCCAAAUGGACUUAUUGUGCUGUAUGAAGUGAAUUACGGACGUCUUGGGGAGACAGAGGAAGCCCACUACUGCGUUUCCCGGAAGCAUUUUGCCAGCGAGCAGGGCUGCAAACUCCGGGGAUUGCAGCCGGGAAACUACAGCGUCCGUAUCCGCGCGACGUCGCUGGCUGGAAACGGCUCGUGGACUGAACCGACCUAUUUCUACGUGGCUGAUUAUUUGAAUGCUCAGCCUAAUAUUGCUGUUAUAAUUGUUCCGAUUAUUUUUGCCAUAAUAAUUGCUGGAAUCAUUGGAGCUGCUUAUGUGCUGGUGAAAAAGAGACAAACCGAAGGACCAACCGGGCCGCUCUACGCAUCCUCUAACCCUGAGUAUGUCAGCGCCAGUGAUGUGUACGUCCCCGACGAGUGGGAGGUUCCGCGAGACAAGAUCACUCUCCUCCGGGAGCUGGGACAGGGCUCCUUCGGCAUGGUGUACGAGGGCAUCGCCAAGGACAUCGUGAAGGGAGAGCCGGAGACUCGCGUCGCGGUGAAAACCGUUAACGAGUCGGCCAGCCUCCGCGAGCGCAUCGAGUUCCUAAAUGAAGCUUCUGUGAUGAAAGGGUUCAGCUGCCAUCAUGUGGUUCGCCUCCUCGGGGUGGUCUCGAAAGGGCAACCGACUCUGGUGGUCAUGGAGUUAAUGGCACACGGAGAUUUGAAAAGUUACCUUCGCUCUUUGAGGCCUGAUGCUGAGAAUAACCCUGGUCGUCCGCCACCAACGCUGAGGGAGAUGAUCCAGAUGGCUGCAGAGAUCGCCGAUGGCAUGGCCUAUCUGAACGCCAAAAAAUUUGUUCACAGAGAUCUUGCGGCUCGUAAUUGUAUGGUUGGAGAAGAAUUCACCCUAAAAACCUCAGACUUCGGCAUGACCAGAGAUAUCUACGAGACGGAUUAUUACCGGAAAGGAGGCAAAGGGCUGCUGCCUGUGCGCUGGAUGGCACCCGAGUCGUUAAAGGACGGUGUCUUCACUGCGUAUUCCGAUGUGUGGUCGUUUGGCGUUGUCCUUUGGGAAAUCAGCAGUUUAGCCGAGCAGCCGUACCAGGGACUCUCCAACGAACAGGUGCUAAAGUUUGUGAUGGAUGGAGGAUACCUGGAUCAGCCGGACAACUGCCCGGAGAGGCUGCACAGCCUGAUGCAGAUGUGUUGGCAGUACAACCCGAAAAUGCGCCCCACCUUCAUCGAGAUCAUCGAGAUGCUGAAGGAGGACUUGCACCCCAGCUUCCACGAGGUCUCGUUCUUCUACAGCGAGGAGAACAAACCUCUGGAGACGGAGGAGUACGAGAUGGACUUCGAGAACAUGGAGAGCAUUCCCCUCGAUCCCUCCUCGUACUCGCAGAGGGACAAAGUCCUGGGCCGGGACAACGGACCCUCCAUGGCCCUCAAGGGGAACUACGAGGAGCACAUACCUUACACUCACAUGAACGGUGGCAAGAAAAACGGGCGGAUUCUCUCCAUGCCCAGGUCAAGCCCUUCCUAACGCUUCCUGUUCGGCCCAAGGGUUGUGGCUUGUUUUUUCCCCCCCCCCCUCCACAAAUCUCAGGACUCUCGUUAUUGCUGCCACAGUGUAUGACACACAUCGACAAACUCUUCAGAUUUUUAAUCAUCUUAUGAUUAAUACUUUUUUUUUUUUUUGGCCAAGUUGACUGGUUGUCAGUGGACUUAUCUGUGAACAUAAAUGGAAGAGGUUUCCAUGGCUGCUGUCCCUGCUGUAACCAUGGUUUCAAAACAGGAAGCGACCGUGUAAGCGAAGCCGAAGGCGAAGCGUCCGCGUUUGCCAACAGAAGACGUGAAGUCUGCUGGUAUCUGAGCUACAGCGUAACGGUGCGGAACAAAACUUCUGCAGGGCGAAAAGCGUUUCCAGGAGAAUUC